GGUGCUAUACUUAGUUAGUCUUGAUUAAAGACAGCAGGACUGUAAAAAGAAAACAAGCAAUCUGUAUUUUAUAUUUUGUAUAGCGAUAAAGCUACCUUUGGUUUCUGAUAAUUUAACUAAAAACACCAGUUUUACAUUAAUUAAUACUGGGGCGGGCAUGUUUAAAGUGUUGACAGGUCAACUGCCUGCCUAAUGGAACGGUAUCGCCCUGGAUUUUUUUUGCGCCAGUCCUGUUUCUGUCUGACGUAGAGAGUUCAAAUUUAUUCGCGGUAAACAGAGUGAGUUCGUUGCAGUUCUUGGCCAGGGUACAAGACUAAUGUGACAGCUAAACAUACAGAAUGAGCUCAAAAAGCCGAGUUGGAGCCGUACUGAAGAGCGUUCGCCAGGAACUGAAGGAUGAUACAAAGAAAAGGAAAGUACUCUCACCCCCAAACAUCUCCUCUAUCGAGAAGGCCAGCUUUUUAGAUGACAAUGAUAUUAGCUUCAGUGGAAACCCGCUACACAGCACUGCUCUAGAUGAUGAUCUCAGUCCCACCCAAAAGAAAAUGACGAAACCAUCGAAACCCUCUGUCAAGAGGAAGGCACCAAACGUCAACACUGACAAGUCUACAAAGACGACACCACAGAACAGGACUCUGAGAAAAAAGGCCUCUGCAGUCAAAUCAAGGUCCAAGACGACCAGUCUGAAGAGAAAGGUAACAACUGAGAAACGGAGAGAGUCUGAAGUUUCUGCAUCAUGUGACACACUUCCCGAAGAGCAGACCCUGGAAGAAGAUGAAUCUGGUUCUGCAUCCUCAGGACCAGCAAUGGAGUCUGUCCGCAAAAGCCGGAGGAAAAGCACAUCAAAGGCCACCACGCCUGCUGUCCAAAAGAAGAUGGCACCUGCCGUUUCUGAAGACCAUUCUCCAUCCAGCCCAGAGAGAAACACUGCGGCAACUGCAAGACAGAACAGUGUGUCAUCUUUGUCCUCUGAAGAGCUGAGUGAUGAAGACCCCAACUGGCAUGCACCAAAAGGUAAGAAGAAUUACUUGCCAAACAACGUGGAAAGGAGGAGGGCCUCGUCUGGGUCUUCAACGGUCAGGAGAAAAGUGACGAGCAAGAAGAACAUUCUUUUUGGACCUUCAGAUGCCAACAAACCACCCAAGAAGGAGAAGAAGCGAGGCAGAGGAAAUAAAAGGGGUCUCAUUGACCUGGAGGUGGUGCUGAUGGCCUUUCAAGAUUUUGUGUCGAAUCACAUAAAAACUCUGGAUUCUGGUACAGUCACAAAGGCUGUAAAUGCCUUCUCAGAGUCCGUUGAAAAUCAACUCACUCAAUAUAUCUCAGAGAUAAAGGGGUUAAACACCUUGAAGAAACAGAAUGUGAAGAUCAAUGGUACUAUAAACCGGAAGACAGCCAAACUGGUAGAGGUGAAAAAUGAACUCAUAAAGAAAGAGAUGGAGCUGAGGAAGCUGCAGAAGGAGCAUUCCCAGCUGGAGGAGAGACUGACAGACAUUAGGACCAGCACUGCCUUUCUGGCGGACAUACAGGACCUACAGAAGAGCUACUUGGCAUAUAGGGAGGACCACCCAAAUGAGGUGGAAGUGUAUGGCCCCUCCAGCCUCCCCGCCCUGCUCCUUGAAGCUCGCAGUGUGAUGGGCGCAGAGCACCAGCUGAGCAUUAUCAACCACAAACUCCAGCAGGUUCUGGACCAGAGUAACCCUGUCACUAUUGAUUCUAAUGAAUAAUGAACCCGUCAAAUCUCAAGUGGGGCUCCUACCAUAUCGCUGGCACAAGGCUCUCCUUGAAACUGCUCGUCAUCUGAAAGUAGUAUGCCAAAGAGGAGAUAUGUUUAAGAAAUUAAUUUGUUAUUGUGCGUACAAUAUUAACAUUGGCAUGCAUAGCAUAGGCUUUGAAACACUAUGGAUAGAAUUAGGGCAGAAGAACUGGUUACUGACUUACCCUUUGUUUCUCGCUUUGUCUCUACUGUUAAGUAAUCCAAAUGACUAAUGCCCUUCUACUGGAGGCGGGAAAGCCAGUGUGCAGGAGCAAACAGUUUAAGUGCUGUUCCAAAUAUCAGCCAUGCUAAUUGUCUCAAAACUGCUGAAGAAGCAAAACUGAGCAGCACCAAGGGGAAGCAGGAAAUAUUUAAAUGUAAAUAACUGAGUGUGUGCUGCUAUUUAGCAAGUAAUGUGUUGCCUUUUUUGUAUAUGAGAAUAGAAAUGUUAAGCUGGCAUCUGAUAUUUUGUUGUCACUGUAAUACUUUUUAGUUAUGGUUCCGUCACCAAGAUCAAUGUUUAGUACAAAUAUAUAUGUAAAAAGCACCUCUA